AUGUCGAGAUUGGGAGGUCGAUUCGUGCCGAAUAUCGAGCACGAAGUGCGCAGACAGGCCACAGAGCCCAUUGCCAAGUGGCGCCAAGAAUGGGUCGUUCCUACAGGCACAUCUAUUGACGGCGCUUCCUCAUCCUCCUCAGCCGGCGUCGGCGUGAAAAUCCUCAAAUGGGUCCGCCUACCAGACUCGCACAUUACCUUCCCUGAAGACCAAGACGUUCAAGCAGAAGACCGUAUUUUUGACGAUGCAGCCAUUGUCGAAGCGCCCGUACAAAGCAUUCACAACGCCCCCGCAGCUCCCGGCACCCCCUCCGGUCCAUCCCUCACCUCUGCUGGCGGCGGUUUGGGAACUAUUGCUCCCAAAGAACCACCCUCUACCCCCGCACCUAACACCAGCGGCGUAGCACCAGCAUCAGCCAUCCCAGCACACGUCACACAGUCAUUUUCCGAACCCAACUCUAGUACCAACACUACAGGCGACAACACCCCCACAGACUCUGCAGCCCAAACCCCAGCUCCAGCAGGUACAGGAACGAGCCAAGAACCUUCCUCACAAGGCGAAGCUGGGGCAACGGGAAGCAACACCCCUCAGACCCAACCUUAA